AUGAAGACCUCGGCAACCCUCGUCCUCGCCGCCUCUGCGUUGUCCUCGGCCCAAGUCGUUUACAACUCAACGACGGGCCAGUACGUCUGCUCACGCCCCAACUCGGCCUUCUGCGCCGGCGACUCCCUCGGCACGGACAUCAUCAUCCGCUGCGACGCCAACGGUUUCGGCCAGCCCGGCCGCUGUACCAACAACCUCGCCGGCCAGUUCCCUCUUGGCGUCCAGCCCGCCCUAUGCUGGCAGUCCCAGCCCCAGGCCGGCGACGCCGCCUGCGAGAAGAACUGCAUCGUCUACGCCAGUCAGCCCUUCCGGCUGCCCUCCAGCGUCUGCACCCCCUACGCGACCGCCUCCGGCACCGGCGCGGGGCCGACUAUCACGUUCUCCGUCGGGCCUUCCCGUCCGGUCGUGACCAAUGGCACGACCCGUAGGACAAUCGCGAUCCCAAGCUCCGUGAGGCUCCUGUCAUCUGCGCCGCAGCCGACGGGAACCGGCGGCGUGCCCAGCUCCUCCGGCAACGGCACUGCCCUGUCUACCAACCGCGGCGGCGGUAGCUCCGGCAGCCUGUCCGCAACCCGCACCCCCAUCCCGCCCUCCAGCUCUGUUCGCCCCGUCACCGUGUCUACCGGCGGCGCUGUGGAGAAUACCGCCGGGUAUCUGGCUGUUGCCGGUCUCGUGGCCGCCUACUUCAUCUAG